AUGUGGAAAAGAUUAGGUAUUUCUCUUAUUUUGGUAGGACUUUCUUUAGCAUCGUCUAAUGAUAAUGAAACUCCAAAAUACUUCUUAAAAAGCUUGGCUGAUCCUAGCAAGGGAAACUACUACCCUCUUAGAAUUUCAUAUGAGGUCGAUGAAAGUUCAUUCAGAACUGCUCUUUUAAAUAAAACUGUAAAAGCAGCUGCUGAUAUAUCGAUAAGAGUUUUAUCAGAUUUAGUUCUUUUUUCUCCUUCAAAAGCUGGUUUUAAGUUUGGAGAGAGAAUUCAGUGUGAUGACUUUUUGAUUCGCCAAAUAGUAAAAAGCCAAGCAAUUGAUGCAGAUUUUGGUUUAUACAUCAAUUUAAGCGACGAUUUCAAAGAUGACUUAAUCACCACAAAGAAAUGUAAAAAUGAGAAUCAAUUUUUGACCGCCUUAGUCACAAUGAAUUCUAAGAAAUUCUUAUCACUUGAAAAGAUCAUCCAAGUGAAAGCACUAUCCUCAAGUAUAGUAAAUAUUAUUUUUGAGGAUAAUUUACUUACUCCCCCCCUCCGUGAGUGAAUAAAACCAUUAGAAAAAUCGCUAUUUUUUGCCCAAAAACCCACCCUCUGUGAGUGAAUAAAAAUUUUUUGUGGAAAAAAUUUUUGAUAUAUAAGUGAUAAUUAGAAUAACUAAAUAUAAUUCUGUUUAAUUUUAAACAAAUUGCGUUUUAAAACAUAAAUUUUACAAAUUAAAUUAAUAUUUGCUUUCCAAUUUUUGCAAAAAUUCGGAUUUUUUUAAAAUUUCGAAAACAAUUUUUUCUGUAAAAUUUAUAUAUAAUUUUUUUAAAACAAAAAUUAACCCCCCUCCAUGAGUGAACAAAAUUUUUUUGUUCACUCACGGAGGGGGGGAGUUGGAAAACAAUUGCUGAAAGAAAUAGAUAAUUACUUAAGCACUCACAGCUUUGAAGACUCAAAAAUUAUCACUGCUUCAGGCUGCAAUCCUCCAAUAAACAAUUGCGUUACUUGUAAAACACCAACAAUUUGCUCAAAUUGUUCUGCCAGCUAUCUUCCAAACGAAGAUGGCACUCAAUGUUGUGCUGGGGAAUAUUGCAAAACUUGUAAUGAUGGAUUUGGUUGCGAUUCUUGCAUUGAUAAUUACAUUUUCCACAAUGGACAAUGUCUUCCAUGUCCUCAAAAUUGUGCUCUAUGUAACACAACAGCCUGUGUAGAGUGCGACCCUGGAUACUUUGUAUUAGAUGAUACCAUGUGUUUGUUCUGCUCUACAGGAUGUGAAAUUUGCCAUGCUGGUCCUUUAAGUGAUUCAAUAUGCACUCAGUGCUAUGAUCCGACAAAUUCAGUGCUUACAAAUGGAGAAUGCUCUUGCAUAAAAGCUAACCAAAUAUAUAGCCAAAAUAAUAUAUGCGUUUGUGCUCCAGGUUAUUAUGAAGACACUAAUGGAAUUUGCCAACCAUGCAAUACUGGCUGUCAAACUUGUACUUCUCCAAGCCAAUGCAUAACUUGUUUUGAUAAAACUUUUACAAUUGUUAAUGCAGAUGGAAGCUGCUCAUGCAAAACUAAUGAGCUAACUUAUAAUACAACGACUCAUACUUGUGAUUGCCCUAGAGGUGAAUACCCUGACUCUAAAACUGCACUUUGUGACCCAUGCCAAGAUAGUUGUGCAUUAUGUAUCGCAUAUGAUAUUUGCUUUGAAUGCAUAAAUAACAGUAUUUUAUAUAAUACUGGAGAUGGAAAUUGCACCUGCGCUGAUGCAUCAAAAAUUUACGACCCUACUACAAAUACUUGUGUCUCUUGCCCAAUCGGAAAAUAUGCUUUUCAGGGAAAUUGUUAUAAAUGCCAAGUCGGUUGCUCUGACUGUGAAUUUUGAAACGAAUGCACAGAAUGCUAUCCAGGCAUGCAUUUGGCAACAUCUAAUGAAUAUUGUGAAUGUGAUGAUCCUAAAAAAACAUUCAAUCCGAGCACUAAUACCUGUGGAGAUUGCGAGAAAGAAGGAGGUUGUGGAAAUGGCUGUGCAGAAGGAUGCAAUUUAUGUGCGUCCCCUGAGGUAUGUGAAACUUGCUAUGAUUCUGAGAAUAUGGUUAAUAAAAAUGGUGUAUGCAGCUGUGCAAAUCCAAAUCAAAAGUUCAGCGUUUCUGAGAAAAAAUGUGUGGACAAUAGCUCAGCAAAGGGGCUAGUUUUGGCUUGGAUUUUGGCACUUUAUGCAGCUAUUUAA